AUGGCUGGUAUGCUUGCCGGAGUUGAGUGUGCUAGGAGGCGGCGAUUCCACGGCGGUGCUCCACCGAUUGAGUUAUCCAACACGGCUUCUGCGGCGGCAGCGGCUGGACAUGUCUGGACUCGGCGACCAUCGUUCUCUCUCUACACUACCAAUCACGAGAGCCACCAGGCCCAUGUCUCUUUCUCGGAAAGAAUUGUUCGGAACAAAUCUUUUGGUGAAGAUAACGAUGAGAAGCUUGAAGGAGCAGCCAAAGUGGCGAAGGAGAGGCUGGACGAGCGGCUGAGAAACCCACGCAAAAGGCAAAAUGGUAAAGAAAAAGUGAUUAAAUCGGAGCAAUGGAAAGGUAAAGGUAAACCUCAUGGGGAGUUACCAACAGAGGUAGUGGGAUUAAAGAAGAGCGGAGGAAGACUGAUCGAAUGGUUCGGGUUGCGAGUCAGAGAACAAGAAGAUUGCGCUAUAUGUCUAGACCGGUUCAAGACGGAACGGAUAUUUGGAAUUAAUUGA